AUGGUUUACGCGAUAAAAAUCGCUCUGGGUACAGGCACCAGCACCGACUCCCUGCUGUCAUUUCAGCACUACCCCGAAUUUCCUUCGGGUAAAAACGCCCCCGUCGGAGGAGAGGCCGUGGGCCAAAAGGGCUUCCUUAGCCAGGUUAUGAAACCUGUCAAGACGUUCCUUUCCCUCUUCUAUAAGGGUACAGCCCAGCAGAAGGCAGGUGACGGCCCAGGCGAUGGAACGGCCGCUGAAGGAGAGGGGAGUGAGGAGAGCGGGCCACUCCGCGACUGCUACAAAGUAGUAGCGUACGGACGGAAGGCUCCCCUGAGUCCGCUGGGUUUUGGCGUUCUUGCCUAA